AUGGUUAAUCUUGCAAAGCGCAUGCGAAACUUCCAGCCUUUAUUGGCGGUUCAGUAUGGCAAAGGCGCGGCUGUCCUCCCUCCUCCUCCCUCUCCUCAAUUAACUCGACUCACGAUGAAAUAUCCCCGGACAGAAUGGUCUUUAAGCAAUCAGGGCCCCAGAAUGUUCGCAAAGGAUAGCCUUCCACGACUGAAAUACCAUAACCCUUCUUUACCUAUACGGGUCGAAGAUACACAAGCCUCAACAUUAGAGCUGACGUUCGAGAGCACCGAUAAAGCCGCGUUAGAAACGCUACAAAAAAGAAUCGACUCCGAAAAACUGGAAGACGAAUGGACCGAGAUACAGACCAAACUACAAGAACCUACCGAUCUGAAUUCAACCUCCACGCCGUUGCCCAUCUUCACGAGAAAUGGCAUCCUAGCUCUAAAGGGCAAGCAUUCAAGAGAAAUCUGGAGAUGGUUUCAACACAAAACAGCAUGCAAGGAUGUAUCAAUCUCUCCGCAGGACGAGCUACUCAGACGGAAACUACAGGAUACUGCACGCAAGUCUGAAGCAGAUCGAGUCCUCGUUAAGGCCGGUAUGGAUGCGCUCCGGAAACAGCAGGCAGAAUUGAAGAAAGCGAGAGAGGCUGCAGAGAGAUUGACAUCGGAGGCAUAA